AUGACCUGUAUGAGCCACUCCUCAAAUAACAAGGGCCUCGGGCCUGCUCUAUACAACCUACCAACAAUUGCACCAGAGCCUUCUGAGGAUGCAAGGAAGUACACCAUAUCUCACAUCGAAGAAAUGGGAAAUGCCUUUCCCAUACUGAGUUUUCUGCAACUGAUGAUAUUGAGCUUCAUUAUUCGCUUCCUGGAUGCGCUAUUUUUUCUUCUUCGUAAUGAUGAUGAUUUCAAGAUGCUGUUUAGCGGUGCCAAGAUUUACAAGUUGGAUUGUGUUGAUAUUAUGGUGUUGAAGAAUAGUGUAAUUUGCAGCAAAAAAGCUUCUGUUUCAUUUGAAGAUAGCUGCUCUGGUAUUGUGGAUGAAGAUGAUUACCUCACUGAGGCAUUUAGGACUGAAGUUCAAAAGUCUUACUUGUCAAAUGAGUGGGCUAGUUACAUUCAAUGUGUAGGGCAGAAAUUUCGUGGCGGUUCCCCCGAGUUUCGAGACAAGCUCAGAAAGUAUGCUAUUGAAGUUGGGUUCAGCUUUGUAUUUAUUAGAAAUGACUGGGACAGAAUUCAUGCAGUUUGUUCAAAUUGGGGAACCGAAGGAUGUGAGUGGAAUGUCCGUGGUUAUGUUUUGCCUGCAAAUGGUUGCUUUAUUAUUGGUGAGUUGGACAAUGUCCACUCUUGCAAAGGUGUUCUUCGAAAACAAAAACAUGAGCUUUUGGGAUCGAAAAUUGUCAAGUCAUGUAUUGAAGAGGACAUUAGCUAUAACUUGUCAUUGAAGCCAAGGGAAAUUAUCAGCAAGUUCAAGUCAGCUUAUGGGUUUGAUAUAUCAUACAAGGUUGCUUGGAAAGCAAAGCAGAAGGCUAGGGAAAUGAUUUAUGGUUCUGAGGCUGAUUCGUUUAACAUGUUAACAUGGUAUAGGGAAGCUGUAUUUGAGACGAACCCGGGAUCGUCUUUUGUUUUGGAAGUUGAUUCAUCGAGUAAUCAGUUCCAGAGGCUUUUCCUAGCUUAUGCAGGCUGUGUUCGUGGCUUUGAAUUCUGUCUUCCCAUCUUGUAUGUCGAUGGGACUUUUGGGAAGAGUGUCUACAAGGGGCAGAUACUUUGUGCAACCGGAAAGAAUGGAAAUCAUGGCUCUUCUGUUUUGAAAGAUGAUGUUAAAAAGAAGUUUUUUGAGUUGGCAUAUUCAUGCACUGAAAAGGAAUAUCGUUUUCAUUUGAGAGAGUUGAGAGAAGCUGGUGGUGCUAAUAUUAUAGAUCCGUUUCUUGCUGAUCUGCCUGUUCAAAAUUGGUGCCGUGCAUUUUUCCCUGGAUGCCGUUAUGGAAUUAUGGCUAAUAGUAUAGCUGAAUCUUUUAAUGCUUGGUUUGCUGUUGAACGGGAGAUGCCAGUGUACACUAUGCUUGAUCAGACUCGGAUUAGGGUGAUGCAGAUGAUGGGUGAGAGGAGAGACGAGGCACAGCUUUGGACCUCGCAACUUACUCCUGUUAUGGAGGGUCGUUUGAAAGAAGGUAUGGAGAAAGCUUGCUGUUUCAAUGUGCAUUACUCCGAUACAAAUGUUUAUGAGGUUAGAUCAAAGUAUUCUUAUGUUGUGGACCUUGGAACUCCUUCGUGCUCUUGUAAAAAAUGGGAGAUUAACUGCUUCCCUUGCUGCCACGGUCUUGCUGCAAUUCAAGCUGCGUCAUUGGAUGUUUAUGCUUUUAUGGAUAAGUAUUUUUAUGUUGAUUAUUACAAGAAGUGUUAUGAUUUUCCAAUUUAUCCAAUAUCUAAUGUUGAUAUGGCUUCUUCGGAAUCUGCAAGUAAUGACUUCAUACUUCCUCCAAAUGCAAAAAGGCCUCCCGGGAGGCCUAGGCUCAAGAGGUUCAAGUCUAGAGGAGAGUGUGAAAAGAAGCUCAUUCGUUGCGGCCGAUGUGGCAAAAUGGGACAGCAUAACAAGAAGACCUGCACUGAACCUAUUUGA